AUGCCGAACAAUGUGCCCCCCAGCGGCGUCUGGUGCCCAGCAGUCACCUUCUUCAACCCCAACACAGACGAGCUCGCACUUGAUGCGCAGGCGCGGUAUUUCCACUACCUGUCGACGACGGGUCUCGCUGGACUCGUCAUCCUGGGCACAAAUGCAGAGACGUUCCUUCUGACGCGAGAGGAACGCAAGGAGCUCAUCGUCACGGCAAGGCGUGCGGUCGGAUCGCGGUUUCCCCUCAUGGCAGGCGUAGGCGGUCAUUCCACCCGCCAGGUUCUGCAACACAUCGCCGACGCAGCCCACGCCGGCGCCGAUUCCGUGCUUCUGCUCCCGCCCGCCUACUUCGGAGCCGCGACGACGCCACAGGUUGUGGAAGCCUUCUACGACGACGUCGCCCGCAAGAGCCAACUGCCCAUUGUCAUCUACAAUUUUCCCGGUGUCUGCAAUGGUGUUGACCUCCAGUCCGACCUCAUCGCCACCUUGGCCCAGCGCCACGCCAACAUCGUCGGUGUCAAGUUGACUUGCGGCUCCGUCGCCAAAAUUACGCGCCUGGCGGCUGUCCUACCCAAGGACCGCUUCGCAGUCUUCGGCGGCCAAUCCGAUUUCAUCCUAGGCGGCCUGACCUCUGGGUCGAGUGGCUGCAUUGCGGCGUUCGCCAAUGUCUUCCCUAGGACAAUUUCGCACAUCUACAAGCUGCACCAGCAGGGCCGGAACGAUGAGGCUCUGGCCUUGCACCAAAAGGCUGCAUUGGCGGAGCAGCCCAUCAAGGCCGGCAUAGCCGCGACCAAGUAUGCCGCCGCGAUACACAGCGCCAGCUACGCGGGAAUCGACAAUGCUGCGGCGCUGCUGAGGCCGCGCAAGCCUUACUUUGAGCCUGCGGCGCCUAUCAAGGAAAAGGUCAAAUCCACAAUGGCUGAAGUAGCUAAGAUCGAACAGAGCUUGGGCUCUUACUCAGAGCCAACUUUGGCUCGAUUGUAG